UUUACUGCAGGUCCCUGGCUGCACAUGGAAAACAGCUGACUAAAAUAAUAUGGCAACUGCUCAGCUCUUGCACAGUGAACAAAAGCAAAAAACAUCCAAGGAAACGGUUCUGUUUCCAAAUAGAGUUGCUACUGAGCAACAGUCUAUGCUUCUGGUGAAAAGGCUCUUGGCGAUUUCAAUCUCCUGUAUAACAUACCUCAGAGGGCUGUUCCCAGAAAGCUCUUAUGGAACUCGCUAUUUAGAUGACAUGUGCCUAAAAAUCCUUCGGGAAGAUAAAAGCUGCCUAGGUUCACUGCAGAUAGUCAAAUGGAUUCAAGGAUGCUUUGAUGCACUGGAAAAAAGCUAUCUCCGUGUGGCUGUCUUGGCAGUCUAUACAAAUCCCCAAGAACCCGAGCAUGUGACAGAACUCUACCAGUUCAAAUUCAAAUACUUGAAGACUGGAGUCCAGAUGGAUUUUGCUAGCACUCAAGUGAGCUCUAUGAAAAGAGUAAACAGUGAGGAAAUUAAGGAAGCCAGCAUCCUGCUGAUCCGCAAAUUGUAUGUUUUAAUGCAGAAUCUUGGACCCCUUCCUAAUGAUAUUACUUUGGCUAUGAAACUCUUCUACUACAGUGAUGUCACACCUGAUGAUUACCAGCCUCCUGGCUUUAAGGAAGGUAGCAGACCAGAUUGCCUGCUUUUUGAUGGCAACCCAGUGAACCUAAAAGUGGGAUCGGUUUCCACUGCGUUUCAUGUUCUGAAAUUGAGAGUAACAACUGAGAGCAAAAGGAUGGGGAUGCUGGAGAGCAGCCUGGUUGAAGAGAGUGGUCCUACUGAGAUCUCCCAUGAAGGACUAGACUGUGAGGAGGAAGAAGAGGAGAACAGCACUAAGGUACAAGAACAGAUUAGAUUCAUUUUCCAGAACCUACAAUGCAAGCUGGGAAGCUUUCCUCGUAUGGAAAGACGGUGGGGAUUUUUCCGCCGCUGCUCCUCGUGCGGGAGUAAAAUUGCCCCUCCUGACGGGCACGAACUGUGUUUGCUGUGCCUGGGCGAGCGGCACCGUCCUGACUCCUGUGUUCAUUGCGCUAAGUUUUCGCGGCAAACCAGGAAGAACAGGGCGGCUCGACUUGCGGCGGCGUUGAUGGAGCAGGCUCUUUUUCCAUGUCGUCAGCCGAUGGAGCAGGCCGAACAGCCGUCUGGUCAGUCCGACCAGUCGGCGCCGAAGUUGGUCGAUACCGACCGGGCCCCUUCCGAUGCCGAUCGCCCUAGAAAGAGAUCGGGCUCGGCGGCUAAUUCGGAAUCCUCGAUGCCGGUUAAGAGGCGCAAAGAGGACAAAGGGGCGCCUGCGGCGAAGGCGAAGAAGGACAAGAAGCAGAGACACAAAUCGACGCCGCUCUCAGCACCGGUGUCUCCUGCGGACCCUACGGCUCCGAUCGUCCCUCCUCUCAAGCUCUUCGCGUCCCCGAUACGCCAAUCGGACACCCCAUUGGAGUCGAGGUCGACCCAACUAGUGAUCUCGGGCUCAGACUCGGAGAUUGAGUCGGGCCAAUGA